CACCCCUCUGUACACGGCUGGUGAGGCAGCACACCCAUAGGGAUGCCCUGUGGGGAGGAUGGAAGCCAAGAGAUGCAUCUGGUUUUGCUUUUUUCCAGCUCUCCAGCCUGCAGCACACACAAGCAGUUAAUCCCAGGCCGUGCAGAGCUGGCUGCUUACCUGGCUGGAGCAGUGCCUGGCAGAGGGAGGGACAAGGGCACGGCUCUGCACCUUGCCAGGGCAGGCAUCACUGCAAAAAUAUUUGCUGAAAAAAGUGCAGCUCCACCCCAAGGAAAACUGGGGCUGGGAGCACAGCCUGCUCUGGGUUUGCAGACGGAGGGUGGUGGCAAGCAGGGGAAUGCGUGCGGCUGCAGGGAGUCGAGCACAUCCACUUGCUCCCCUUGCAGCCAGGCACUGCCCAGCACCUCCACUUGGCACCGCCGGGCUCAGCCGAGGGUGCCGGGCUGGGACGGGUGGCUGGGCAAGGUGACAGGCACUAGGGAUCCUGUCCGUGGGGGAAUCCCAGCACCGGAGCUCGGGGAGCCCUCGCCACCUCAGUGGGCAGCCAUGGGCUGCUGGAGGGGCCCCAGCACCAUGCUGGCCUGCCUGCUUCUCCUGCGCCCGCUGCCCUCACCAGCCUGCCCCGCCGCCUGCCGCUGCUCCUCAGGGGAGGUGGACUGCAGCGAGCAUGCCCUCCGCAAGGUGCCACAGAGCCUGCCGACCAACACCAGCACCCUGUGGCUUGGCUACAACUUCAUCUCCGUGCUGGGGCCGCGCUCCUUCCCUCCCCUGCCGGGGUUGCUGCUGCUCAGCCUGCCCCACAACCGCCUGAAGCUGAUCCACAGCCAGGCGCUGGUGGGGCUCGGGGCGCUGCAGGAGUUGGACCUCAGCAACAACUACUUAACUGUGCUGAACCCCGAAACCUUCCUGCCCCUCACCAGCCUGGCCACGCUCAACCUGGGCAGCAACAGGCUGUGGGAGCUGGAUCCUGGGGUGCUGCACGCCCUGCCCCAGCUCCAAGCCCUCCUCCUGCAGGACAACCCCUGGGUGUGCAGCUGCGGCAUCCUGCCCCUCUGGCGCUGGCUCAGCCACAACAGGGAAAAAGUGCAAGAGAAGAGUUUGCUCCUCUGCAGAGUCCCAGAGCAGCUGAACAAGUAUCCAGUCAUGGCCUUCAGGAAUGAGUCCUUCAGGCAAUGUCAGGAGACCUCACUGUCCGCCAAGCACUACAUCACCUUCUUGAUCAUUGGACCAUUCUCCUUCAUGGCCAGCAUCUUCUUCUGCACCUUCAUGGGCUCCAUCAUAGUGGUUUACCACAACCUGUGCAGGGAACCCCACUUCUGGUGGAGACCCGGCAUCUGCAGGCGCCGCUGUGGCAGGGUGACCAGGCUUUAGCCCUGGGCAUGCUGUGGUCCAUGCUCUUGUCCAGCUGACUGCACCCCCCUGUUGCCAACAUUUCCCUGUUGACCAGUGAGAGGAUGCUCUGUUCUGGAAAUCGCUUUUCUUCCUCCUCCCAGAGUCCCCCGAGAUGAUGCCGAACUCCCUCUGCUCCGCAGCCUGGGGGGAGCAGCCCCCAGCUCAGCCCCCCUGCAGGGCACAGUCUGACCACGGCUGCUCUCAGUGUUUUGGGAGGCUGCCCCAGGCCACCCUCAGACCUGCACAUCCCCUUCCUGGGGGUGGGGGGCAGAUGAUCCUUCUCCUCCAGCUCACCCUGACCCUGCUGCCCAGGAGCCUCAGUGUGCAUUUCAGGAUGCACUGUAUGCCUCUGUGUGCCUUUUGGUGCAUCCUGGGGGCCCCUGUGUGCAUCUCAGGACAUACCAUAUUCCUCUGGGUGCCUUUCAGUACACCCCAGGAGUCUUCAUUUGCCUUUUGGUGCAGCCCAGGAGCCUCUGCGUGCCUUUCAGUUUGCCCCAAAGCCCUCCUUGGGCCUUUGGGUGCCACCCAGCACUCCCCAUCUGCCAUUCAGUGACCCCAGCAGCCUCAGCGUGCCAUUCUGUGCCCUCAAGACCCCUUGGCUUGGCUUUUUCUGCAUCCAAAUGCCAUCCGUUUGGCUUUCUGUGUCCUGAAAGGCAUUGGUUGGACUUUUGGUGUCCCCCAGAGCUCUCCGUGUGCCUUUUGGUGCACCUGAAGAUCUCUGGGUGCUUUUGGGGAACUCCAGAGCCUCCACAGGACUUUCAGAAAGCCCCAGACUGCUCCGUGUGCUGCCAGGACAGGGCAGGUUGCACAAUGUUUCUUCUGAUGUUUUUUUUUCUUUGAGACAGGGCUGCUGGUGCUGAGAAGGCUCAGCCAACAACCAAGAUCUAGGGUGAGGCUGAGGUUUAGGGUGAGGGUUGGAAAGAGACAAAGCCUCGAGCUCCCACUGAUGUGGUUUGGCAAAGGGGCUGCCAAAGGAUGUGUGAGGCUGCAUGGCGGUUCCUCCCCUAAUAGCUUUUCCCCUAGGCUAAAGCUCAUCCAAGGCCAAGGUGUAGGGUUAGCUCAGUGAUGGGAGUGGAGACAAAAAAGCCCAUGUGGGUUUACAGCACAGAACCUGCAGCCCUUGCUGCCGCCUCACUUCCCAUCGCCCACAAAAAGGGGCUGGGGCUGCCCCCGCAUCUCCUUGCCCUGCCGCCUCCUGCCCUUCCCUGCAGAAAUGCUUCUCCACUGCAUUCAUGGAAAUGCUUAGUGAGUGUAGUGGGUGAUGGCCUGGAAGGAGCUGGAGCUGUGCUCCAGAGGGAAGCACAAGCUGUGGUGACAAAAACAUGUCUCAAGGAGGAGCAACAGCCCUUUCUGGCAUGAGUUCUUACCCAUUGCAAGGCAGUAAGAGCCACAGUGAGAUGACUGUCGCCACCAGCCUCCCCCUGUUCACUCAAUCUCUUGCCCAUGCAAGAGCUGCAGGACAAGGCAGCAAUGUGGCGGGGGACAAGGCAUCCUUUGGCAAGCUCUUGGCAAGGAUUAAAUAUAUCAUGCAGAGAAUAAACCAAUGUCACCUCAGUUGUGGCUUGCUCCCAUUUUUAUUUUCAAGAGAGAAACCAACCCAAUAUGCUGCCACACUGUUUGAUUCCUGCUCGGCUCUUCCUGCAGUGCCUCUCCCCAGGGAGGGGUGCAAGGGCCGC